ACCAGUUGCCUAAACACAUUUAGUAAAACUACUCCCCUUUUGCCACAACCACAAACACAAUUCACCUGUAGACACUGUUCACAAAACCCAUCCCCUUUUUCUCAAAACUCUAAACACAUUUUACCGUGCUAAAACACAUUUUGCAUAUAACUCUGCUCCAAUAUGCAUUGUGAAGCUCAUGUGAUGCAAAAUGCUACCCACAAUCAGCAAAACUUGAACACAAUGAACAUACCUGGUUUCAAUCAGUAAACACAACUACUCAUAAUUGAAAACACCUAUUGCAAAUGAUGUGACCACACCUAUAUAAGUCAGUGCAGUUAGCUGAAGGCUCACAAACAAAAAUGGAUGAUCAAGACAGAAGAAGAGGAGUUCGUGUCAGAGGAGGGAGAGGAGCAGGUCGAGGAGGGAGAGGAGCAGGUCGAGGAGGGAGAGGAGCAGGUCGAGGAGGGAGAGGAGCAGGCCGAGGAGUGGGCCAAAGAGGACAAGAAGCAGUCCAAAGAGGAGCAGGCCAAGGAGGGAGAGGAGAAGGAUGUGUGUCUGCCACCCUACUCUCCGUUCCUAAACCCAAUAGAGGAGUUCUUCUCAUCAUGGCGGUGGAAGGUCUAUGACCGCCAACCUUACACCAGAGAGAACCUUCUCAGGGCUAUGGACCUGGCCUGUGAUGAUGUGGCUGUGGAGGCGUUCCAAGGCUGGGUGUGGCAUGCCAGGGCAUUCUUCCCACGUUGUUUGGCUAUGGACAAUAUUGCCUGUGACGUUGAUGAGGUCCUGUGGCCCGACCCAGCCCGACGUGAUGACGCCCCAUGAUUUCGGUGUCAACAUACAACAUACUGUGUCAAUUUUCAAACGUACUGUAAUAAAAGAAAUC